ACAGUUAAUCUCCACUGUUCUCUUCUCUCCAGCAGUAGAGACAACACCAGUCAUAAUCUAUCUGAUUACAAUGUGUACUGGUUCAGAGCUGGAUUUGGAGAAUCACAUCUAAAUUUUAUUUACACCCAGAAGAACAGGAGUAGUAAUAGAAGCUGUGUCUCCCAGCUGUCCAAAACUAUACAGGACUCCUCAGAUACUGGGAUAUAUUACUGUGCUGUGGUCACAUGUGGAAAGAUCUUGUUUGGAGAAGGAACUAAAGUAGAGAUGAGUUCACAAUUCAAUCCAGCUGUUCUUGUACUUAGUGUGCUGUUGGCGUGCUGUGUGACGCUAAUUAUUUCUCUUAUUGUCUACAUAAAACAAAAAGUUUUUGGACAUUUGGAAGGGGCAAAUACAGGUCUGUCUGGACGACAGAAGACAUUGGGAAACCAACCAAGUGACACAGGCGCUCGUGGAGAUGAAGUCAAUUAUGUAGCUCUUAAUUUCUCUACAAGGAAGACAAAAGGUGUAAAGAAGAGAACAGAAUCACCACCAGAAUGUGUGUACUCAGCUGUGAGAGGAGGUCAUCCCACACUGCAUGAAAUGUCUUAGAGCAGGACUUGUGUGUGUAGAGUUUGGAGACAACAUGCUUGCAUGACUGACAACAAAUUAACAUUGUGUAUUUGUUGGUUUUGCAGCUCUGCAAAUUUUACUACUAAAAUGUUUUAAACCAUGCUUUUUUCAAACUUCUUCUCAUAGAAUUGGAUGAUGGUAUAAAAAGUAACUGUGUAUAAAAAUUGUUCACAAUAAAGAUUUCACAUUGUUCAAUGAUUCACUGUGAAAACAUUGCAUGUUUCUAUCCAUCCAUCCAGCCAACCAACCAACCCCAUGUGAAAUUAGAUUUCUUUAUGAUAUUUGAGAAUGACCUCAGAAUUAUUCUCUAAUUAUACUACAUGAUAUUACCCAGUGACUGACCCUCAGGAUUUCUCCAUAUUCACUCAUAUGUUUUAAGAUAAACCCAAUGGUCCAUUUCCUUUGCUCUUCUUGCCCAAUUCUGUCGCCAAGCGCUUCAUUGAGCUGUGUAUCUGGAAGAACCCUCCAAACACAAAACAAAAAUACAAACUUAGAAGCUCCUAGCCUAGCAAACCUUUUCCCUUUUCACUUUCUGCUCAACCCAAUUCCUCUGCCAACAUUUCAAAUCGAAUAAAAGUUUUCAAGUUCUCUCAAGUCUGAACCCAACAAUCCCAUGAUGGAUCUUUUCCUGAACCUCUUUAAUCUUUGGUUAAACUUUAUAUUUAACUUAAAAAUUUACAAGGUUCCCUUUCAGUGUUCAAUGUAGGGAUAAAUCAAUCUUCUUUUCAGUAUUAAAUUAUCUAAAUACUACAUGCUAUCACUUUACAAUUGAAUCAAUUCAUCUUUCAGUUUUUUUAGACAUAAAAACCACAUCGUGUUGAGAAAUUGUCACAAUUAAAAACUAAACCUUCACAUAAAAACAUUAUCAGCCACUAUAUUCAAUUGAUAUUUGAAUAAAGAGGAUUAUAACGCUGAUCAUUAAGGGAUGUUUGAGCAGCCCAUAUAGGCUGUAACAUUAGAGGGAGUGCACUCUCCACUUUUCAGCCAAUCACAACAGUGUUCACUCUACAGACUGAAGAUAUUUUGAGUAAACCUUCAUUUGAGUAGCAAGUUGUCAGUUCUGCAAAAUGCAUUUUGUCACAAUGAUUAGAAAACUCACUGCUUUGAUUCUUCUGACAGCAGCAUCUCUGACUCAAACUAAUGAGGUUCCUCAUAAGAUCCCUUUGAAAGUGGUUGAAGUUGGCGGGAAUGUUACUCUGCGUUGUCCAGGUUCUAACAAGGAUGGCAACUUCUUCUACUGGUACAAGCAGCCGCUUGGACAUAUGCUCCAGACAGUUGCUACAUCAGUUUUAGACAAACAGGAACUGAGUGAACAAUUUCCUGACAAUCGCUUUAAAUUUACGGCAGGAGAUUCUCAAUACUCUCUUAUUAUCAAGGAUAUCAUUAAAGAGGAUGAAGCAACAUAUUUCUGUCAAAGUGGGACUGCUUAUUUUCAGAGAUUUUCUACGGGAAUAUAUUUGGCCGUAAACGAUUGCAAAAGUCAAACACUGACUCAUGUCAGACAAACUCCAGAAACGACAUCAGUCCAGGAGGGGGACACAGUUAAUCUCCACUGUUCUCUUCUCUCCAGCAGUAGAGACAACACCAGUCAUAAUCUAUCUGAUUACAAUGUGUACUGGUUCAGAGCUGGAUUUGGAGAAUCACAUCUGAAUUUUAUUUACACCCAGAAGAACAGGAGUAGUAAUAGAAGCUGUGUCUCCCAGCUGUCCAAAACUAUACAGGACUCCUCAGACACUGGGAUAUAUUACUGUGCUGUGGUCACAUGUGGAAAGAUCUUGUUUGGAGAAGGAACUAAAGUAGAAACAAGUAAACCUUUGGCAUCUGUUCUAAUUGUCUUGGCUUUGCUGUUGGGUCUUUGUGUGAUUGUGAUUUCAAUUCUUAUAUUCUCCAGAGAUUGAAGGAUCCAAAUAGGAAUCUGCUGACUAAGUUUUUCUGCACUGCAAGAAGGAAGAAAUGGGGCAAUCUUCUAUCAACUGACUUUAAUUUUUGAGAAGAGAAUAUCUGUUCUUCUAAGUGUAUAAAAUACUCAAAACAUUUCUUGAAAGCUUUCUUUGUGUUCAGUUUUGUAAAGAAGACAACAGAAACUUUCUGCUCUAAAUGUUGCAAGAUGUUAUUUUUAGACAUGAGACUGACUCUCCACUGUAUAAUUUUUCUUUCUAUAAUCUUACCUAAUAAUGUACAAUUUCUUUUCAUAGAAUUAUCUGUGUUUUUAUUUUUUUCCAGAAUUAUUACAUCAUUUUUAACAAGCAAAAAGGGGUGAAAAGGCAUUUAUGUGAAGUUUUUUUGUAAAUAUUUAUAUAAUAUUAUACAUGCUGUUUAUACACUGUGAUUAAAUAUUUGUUAAUACUACUUUUAUGUUGCAGUGGUGGAAUACAUGUAAUACUGAUUAAAAUGGGGUACAUAUUAGGUACAUUUCUAGUAGCACCAGUUCUAGCUCAUCGGUUUCUUAAUUCACAAUACGAACAGUGGUUCAAACAUGGUAUAUACAUAAUCAAGCAUUUUUAAACUACAAAAUAUGUAAAGCCUUUCACACCACAACAGGUUGUGGUUUAUAAUUGACAUGAAAUUGACAAAUAUCUCUGCAACCAGUUCAACGUAAAUAUUUGUUACUCCAUAAAAGCACAUGAGCUAGUUUUACAAAUUCCCUCACAUAUUAUUAGGACCUUGUUAUAUACAUUGUGUACAUUAGAAGUAAGGUAAUAGACUUUAGUUCUAUGGUGUGUAAAUGAAAAUGUACCCUGGAACAGCCAUCUUGUUUUCCUUCUGCUGUACUUUCUGCCUACUGGAUCAUCUUGUGCUUUAAACCCAAUGUCUUAAACAUAGACUGAGUGGCCCCUGUUGGUCAAACAAUUUAUGAACUGUCUGUUUUUCCUUUUCUGGUAAAGCGUCUUUGAGUGUUGUAAAAUGGCUAUAUAAGUUGGAUGUAUUAUUAUUAUUAUUAUUAUUGGCCUUUGACAUUAAACAUUAAAGAAGAG